UCGAGCUGUCUGCAGUCGUGCGUGUGGCGUGCGCGAGACAGCAGGUCUGCGGAAAAGCCUGCAGUGUUGCAGAGGAGCCGGGAACACGCCCCGCUCCGAACCUCCACGGGACCAGGACCAGGACUGAACCAGGACUGAACCAGGACCAGCAGCAUCCCGGCUGGAACCGGUGCCUCCUGCGGCAGAACCUGGGGAAGCUUCACGAUGGCUGAGGAGAACAAAGACCCGGUUCCCUCGGUGGGGAGCCUCUCAGAGGGCCAGCAGAUGUCCUACUCCAAGAUGGAGCCCAAGACUCUGGGGGCGAUCCAGAUCGUGAUCGGAGCGCUGAUCCUCUGUCUGAGCGCAUCGGUGCUCAACGUCCACGAGGUCCACUUCACCGGAGACGUGGCCCUCUUCCUGGUGGUCGUCAUACAGGUUACCCUGUCCGGUUCAGUGUUGGUGCACAGCGGCAGGAAACCCAGUCUGUUUUGGGUGAAGUGUGUCCUGGUGCUGCAUCUCAUCAGCGCUGCGUUCGCCACCGCUGCUCUGGGCAUCAUGUCCAAGCACCUGCCCUACCGCCAGGACUCCUACCACUGCGAGCACUGCCGGCGCCUGGAGCUGCAUGCCGUGCAACAUUGUUUCAGAAAAUGCACCGGGCUGAUCGAGCAAAAGUGUAAACUGUUGAUCGACGGGAUUCUGGGAACGCUGGUGAUCUUCCUGGUUCUGGAGCUGUUGAUCUGCAUCACGGCCAUGCUGUUUGGACUCAGCGUGCUGGCUGCCGGGGGGAAGCAGGGGUCCCAGCGAAUCAUCCGUCUCCUCCCAACCCCGUCCUCUGUUCACGACUCGUCCUCUGUCCACCAUCAUCCUCUGUUCACCAUCUGUCCUCUGUUCACCAUCUGUCCUCUGUUCACCAUCGUCCUCUGUUCACCAUCCGUCCUCAUCCGUCCAUCCUUUUUACAAAGUCCCCCACCAUCCGUCUCCAUCUGCAUCCUGAAUACCCAACUUACAUCACUUCCUCCUGACCUCUGCUGCCUCCUCCACCAUGUCCAUUGA